CACGUCGUUGGGGCCUUCAGAAAAAUCGUCCAGCCAUGAACUACGAUAAAUUGAGUCGCUCCCUUCGCUAUUACUAUGAAAAGGGAAUCAUGCAAAAGGUAGCUGGGGAGAGAUAUGUGUACAAGUUUGUUUGUGACCCAGAAGCGCUUUUCUCCAUGGCAUUUCCAGACAAUCAGCGGCCAGUACUGAAGACAGAUCUGGAGCGCCACAUCAAUGAAGAAGACACAGUCCCACUGUCUCACUUCGAUGAGAACAUGGCCUACAUGCAAGAAGGAACCUAUUGUAAUGCCCACCCCUAUAAUGAAGGCUAUGUGUAUUAAUAACUGAUGUGGCAAAUUAGCCC